CCUCCUCCAUCAUGGCGAUGCAUAACAAGGCCACGCCGCCCCAGAUCCCGGAUACGCGCCGAGAACUGGCCGAACUAGUAAAGAGGAAACAAGAAUUAGCAGAGACACUUGCAAAUUUAGAACGGCAGAUCUAUGCUUUUGAAGGGAGUUACUUGGAAGACACACAGAUGUAUGGUAACAUUAUCAGAGGUUGGGACCGUUACCUAACAAAUCAAAAGAAUUCAAACAGUAAGAAUGAUAGGAGGAACAGAAAGUUCAAAGAAGCAGAACGACUUUUUAGCAAAUCUUCCGUAACAUCAGCUGCUGCUGUCAGUGCAUUGGCAGGUGUUCAAGACCAGCUGAUUGAGAAACGGGAGCCAGGCAGCGGAACAGAGAGCGACAACUCUCCAGAUUUUCAGAACCAAGAAAAUGAGCCUAGCCAAGAUGAUACAGAGGAUUUAGAUGGUUCCCUGUCUGGUGUUAAACCUCAAAAAGCAGCUUCUUCAGCCAAUUCUGGUGGCCAUCACAGCAGUCACAAGAAACGCAAGAAUAAAAAUAGGCACAGGAUUGAUCUUAAACUGAACAAAAAGCCUAGAUCUGACUAUUGAAAUUAUCAAGAAUCCAUCUUCCAGCUGCAUUAAGGAAACCUCCUCUAAGGAAUCUAAACAUCCAUAUCACAAGUUGUGUCUGCCGAAGGAAUUUGUGCAGGACUUUUUAAUUAUGGAUUAGUGACAUAAAACUUUGAAUCCAAAACGCAUACUUCUGUGAGACUCGACAGCCUUUAUUAAUUACAGUUGAAAAUGAACAAGUGAAAUAACCUAUGGCUAAAACAUAAUGAAACAUCAAACAUUUCUGAAUUUUACCUGGUUUUUGUUAAACAGUAAUGCACAAAUUAUUUACUAAAAGUUCUAAAUUAACUCCUACAAGAAGUGCACAUUUUCUGUCUUAAAAACCUCACUUUUUUUUUUUUUUGCAUAUGUAUAAUAAUUCUAUAAGCUUGUACAUCAGAGCUGUUCUUGUUUUCUUUAUAUUGGGGCUAAUUAUCCAAUAAAUACCAGGUGAUGUAGUCAAGUCCUACAAAGAAUUCUGUAGAGCCACAUCUGCCUUCAGAUCAUUACAUUACAUUCUGUACAUCAUUGUUUUCAGUGUCCUCUUUGCAAAUAUUUAUUAUUUUGUUACAUGUUGCCUGAUUUUUGCAGUAAACUAAACAACUUUAUCAGUAUGAGUUUUUUGUGUAGAAUAACUUGUCAGACUAUAACAUGUUAAUAAUUAAAGAAGGCUGUAAAAGUUAAAGGAAUAGUAACACCAAAAAAUUAAAGAGCUUUAAAGUAAUAAAAAUAUAAUGCACUGCUGCCCCGCACUGGUAAAACUGGUGUGUUUGCUACAGUAACACUACUAUAAUUUAUAUAAUAAGCUGCUGUGUAGCCCCGGGGGCAGCCAUUCAAGCUGGAAAAAAGGAGAAAAGGCUCAGGUUACAUAGCAGAUAACAGAUAAGUUCUGUAGAAUACAAUGGUGUUUUAUCUGUUAUCUGCUACGUGCCUGUGCCUUUUCUCCUUUGAAUAGCUGCCUCCAUGGCUACAUAGCAGCUUAUUUAUAUAAAUUAUAGUAGACUUUCUGAAGAAAACACACAACUUUUACCAGUGCAGGGCAGCAGCACAUUAUAUUUUAGUUACUUUUAUACACUUUCAUUUUUUGGUGUUACUGUUCCUUUAAACAGAUAGUAAUAUCAUGAAGUGCAAAUACUUUUAAGAGCUAGUAUUCAUGAGGACUGAAGGCUCCACUUUAAUGCCAUCAAAGUUGUAGAACUGGUUGCCUUCACAUAUCUGACAGAUUUGAUCAUUUUGGGGCAGUACUGGGCCCAAAAUGAUUCCAUUCUCCAAACGUUGUGAGUUCAGAUUAUGACAGGAUAUUCUAUUAGAUCUCUUCCUGCUUCCGCCCAUGAAUGUAGUAAUUUGCCUGACAACUUUCCAUUCGCUGACCAAUUUGCUUCAUGUCCAUAUUUGUUUUAUUGCAACUGGUCAGUGACAUAGUCUAAUAUGCUACCUGGGGCCUGGUAUUUAUUAAAUUAAACGUUUAAAAGUUUGUGUGAAAGUUCAACAUUUUCACCCCCAAGAUAAGCAGAGAUCUAAUGUCCUUCCUGCUGAAUAAGAAACCUGUUUUGAGCAAUGGCAAAUGUAGUGAUUUCAAGAUUUCAAGAUCUUUGGCACACUUUUUUUUUUGGCAAUCAAGCUGUAGUGUCAAACUCCCCACAAUUGCUCCUCAUUGGAAUUGCCAGAGUUCUUGUGCAAGCACUUGUUUGUCUCUUGCAAACCUGCUCAACAGCGUUUCCAAGUCCUAGAUGCCUGACAAGCCAUUUCAAGCAUUUCCCAGGGCAGGUUAAACAGGGAAAAUAUAGGAGAUUUGGUGCCGCCUUCCAAACUGCUAAAGAUUGCUUGUUCUAAAUUGCCAUUUGUGCCAUUCAGUUAAGGAUAUGUAAUGAUUUUAUGUAGUGUGUCAGAUAUCGAUUUACAGAAAAACUUCCCUUAUUUGCAAAUAAAUAACUUUGAUUUUCUGAAUAA